GAAACACGACCAACUGUGAGUGCGUAUCGGUUGUGUGCCGCGACCGUGUGUGUACGUCAUCGAAGUAGAAAAAAAACCACGGUGGAAAAAAGUAAAAAUAAACUGUAUCGAAAAAAAAUAAAAACGAAAUAAUCCAUAAAGUGUCGUGGAAACGUACGUGUGCGUUCAUUUGACGCGAAACAGUCGUCCGAGGACGUGGCCGUUUGCCAUCCAAGGCGUUUGCGUUGAAAAAAACGAUUGUCGAAACCGGCAGUGACCGUACGUCAACAGCGGUUUUCGCUGUCGACAGUCCUGAACGAUAUCCAUUCCGUCGGCACCACGGUUGUCCGUUAAAUACGGCAGACGGACUGCGUCGCGAUGAACUCCAAGCCCGGAGAACAGUCCAAGUAUCAGCUGCCCAAGGACGUUGCUGGGCUUCAUUAUUCCGAUUUAUUGCCUCAUAAUUUAUUCGGACAAGCCCCGACCAAAGAGUUUCUAUUAAAAGUUGUCGAUAUUCUUAUAGACUACAUCAAAGACGUAAACGAUAGAGAUGAAAAAGUGUUGCAUUUCAAGCAGCCCGAGGAAAUGUUACGGCUAUUGAACUUGGAUCUCCCUGACGAAGGCAUGCCAUUGCAGAAUUUGGUUGACGAUUGCAACUUAACGCUCCAGCAUCAAGUGAAAACUGGUCAUCCGAGAUUUUUCAAUCAGCUCUCGUGUGGUUUGGACAUCGUGUCUAUGGCCGGCGAAUGGUUGACCGCAACGGCGAACACAAACAUGUUCACCUAUGAAAUCGCUCCGGUAUUUAUUUUAAUGGAAAGCGUGGUUUUGAGCAAGAUGCGGGAAAUCAUUGGUUGGAAGGGUGGAGACUCGAUUUUCGCUCCAGGUGGAUCGAUAUCGAAUAUGUACGCGUUUCUGGCAGCCCGACACAAAAUGUUUCCGGGAUACAAGGAACAAGGACUCCAUUCCAUCAAAGGACAGCUGGUCAUGUACACAUCGAAUCAAUCUCACUACUCAGUGAAGAGCUGUGCAUCGGUUUGCGGACUUGGAACGGACAACUGCGUUGAAGUGCCGAGCGACGAAAGAGGCCGCAUGAUACCAUCCGAACUGGAACGCCUAAUAUUGGAAAGGAAGUCCAAGGGCCACAUACCGUUCUUCGUCACUGCCACUGCAGGCACAACUGUUCUUGGGGCUUUUGAUCCCAUCAAUGCCAUUGCUGAUAUUUGUGAAAAAUACAAUAUGUGGCUUCACAUCGACGCUGCCUGGGGUGGCGGAUUACUUCUAUCUCGCAAAUACAGACAUCCUCGUUUGGAUGGCAUUGAACGGGCCAAAUCGGUGACUUGGAAUCCGCACAAACUGAUGGGUACCCUUCUCCAGUGUUCAACCAUACACUUCCGGGACAAUGGACUGUUGAUCAGCUGCAACCAGAUGAGCGCGGAGUACUUGUUUAUGCAGGACAAACUGUACGACGUGCAGUACGAUACGGGCGACAAAGUAAUACAAUGCGGCCGUCACAACGAUGUGUUUAAGCUUUGGCUACAAUGGCGCGCAAAGGGCACCGAAGGAUUCGAAAAACACAUGGAUCAUCUGAUGGAACUGAGUGAAUACAUGGUGGAAAAGAUCAAGGAGUCACCGGACAAGUUUUAUUUGCUACUCGAACCGGAAAUGGUCAACGUCAGCUUUUGGUACGUGCCGAAGCGUCUGCGAAAUAUCCCGCAUUCGCCUAAACGAGCACAACUUCUCGGAGAGAUCACGCCGAUACUGAAGGGCAAAAUGAUGGAAGUCGGCACACUAAUGGUCGGCUAUCAGCCGUUGAAUGAAAUACCGAACUUCUUCCGAAACAUCAUAUCCAGCGCCGCGGUCACCAAGGGCGACGUGGACUUCUUACUGUCCGAACUGGACCGUUUGGGACGGGACCUUUAAGCCAGAAGUGGAAAGAAACGCAUAAUAAAAUAAAUACAUUUUUAAAAAAAUAACGUUAGUCUCGAGAUAGAUCCUAAUUCCAAACACUACCCCAUCCCUUUUAUCGUUUCACAUCGCACGCACAAUAUCUGCGACGGGAUAAUAAUAUGUUACGAUAUCGUCUUCGCGUGUAUUAUCAUUUAACUGCACAAUAUAACUGAAUCGAUGAUUGCAGAAACGUCACGAGUCACAUAUUUUUGAAAAUAAGAUAUUACUUACCGUAAAAACGUAUACUACAGUCAUAUAUUUCUAUGCGUUGACUGUAAAAAAACACAGAUUAUUAUUAUUUAUUUAUCUGAUAAAAAAACAAUAACUAAAGACGUUUUUAUCAAUAUGUCAAUUUCAUAAGAUAUACGACUCAUGACGUAUCUUCAAUCAUCGAUUCAUCUGUAUCGCUGGUCGUUUAUACUUAACAUCAAGUUCGUAAAUCCAAACACAUCGUAUGUUAUACGAACUUGGAACUGAAGUCACAUGUUACCCCGUCCCGGCCACAUAUUAUAUCGUGCUGUUCAAUUGUUAUUGCUGACGUUUAGUAAUCGUUGUGUUAGUUUUUUGUUGUAUUAUUUGUUGUUGUUGUUAUUGUUGUUGUUGUUUGUUGUUGCGUUCGUGAUAAAUCGUCGGAUAACACGUGCAUCGCACGCGCUUUAAACACAUAUAUUGUGCGUUCAACGGACUCGAUGUUAUUACUCGUCGAACCCCGUAGAGGCGUGUAACUUAAACAUAGAACUCCGCACACUCGUCAACUCCCGGACAUACUCGCCAGACCUGCCCACCCUCGUUCGAUGUACCCACGUACUAUGUUACUGCACAGAACUCUACUUCACACGUGUCUAUUCCAUAACGUAUGUUCAUCCCGCACUUUCGAAUCGCUAUCAAAUGUUCAAGUCAAGCUCAAUUAGUUCGUAAACCACAUUAAACCGCUUUCGCUCGAUCUGCUUGUGGACUGCCUACUCGAAUAUUUUUACCUAUUCGUAUUAUCGUUGUACGUAGAUGUGCGGUAGCGUAUAGAAACUAAAAUAAUUAAUAUUACGCGUACCGAUAACAUAUUAUCGUUACGUUUCAUUACGUCGUGGAUCAAAAUUAAUAGAGAUGUAAGCGAUUCGAAACGAAAAAUCGUCAACACUUUUUCAUCUCACCACUCGACCACAGUACAUGGAUAAAGAUACAUCUUGCCCGUGAAACACAUAACCGCGGUAUUGUUCGUUGAUCUUAUUAUUUUUUUUUUUUUUUUCAAGACCUUUGAGACCAACUUAUCAUGGAUAAAAUCUUCCUUCGAUCGUUUUUCUUUUCGAUAUACGUUUACGUCUCAAACACAAUGUUGAUCCGUUUGCAUGCAUUUAAAAUCGUUAAUAUUUUUUAUCACGGAGUGUUUAUUUCACUUUGAUCUUAAAUUGUUCGUACACUUAAAAUUUUCUAUUUUUUAAACACACUAUUUUGCACUUGUAUUCGCACACAUUGCACCACGUUUUUAUCAUUGCACAACUAUUUGCACUAUUGCACUUAAAACUAUGCACUUUUAUGUAUUUUGAAACUUUUUACUAUUCAACUUACGUGUAUAUAUGUAUGUAUAUAAUAUAUAAUCGUGAACUUUUUCAUUGACAGAAAAGUGAAACAAAUCCCUGAUGCGACCGCAUUACUGCAAAUUUACCGUCAUCAUUGAUAUUCUUAAAUUGGUUUCACACUUUCCUCCAAUAUUUAUUCACUCAGUCCUUGCCCAUGAAUAUUAUAUAACACAUACAUAUAAACAUAUUAUUAUAUCAAAUUCUUAUACAUACAUAUAUAUAUAUAUAUAUACAUAUAAAUUAUAAUAUUUUACAUUUUUAAUUGCACCUUCAAUUUUUCUAUUGCACUUUACACUUUUUUCGCAUUUACUACACUUCAGUGACGUAACUUGGAAAUUCAGAGUCUGUGGUCGCACACUGGUUCGGCUUUAAAAGUUUCGUCACUGACUAUAUAACAUUUAUACAUUUAAAUAUUGCACGUUUUUCUUAAAAUUGUCAAAAAUAUUCAGUAGGCAUGCCCACUCGAUUAAUAACAUCAUAGUUUAUUGAGCAAUGCGAAAACAUAUUUUCACUAUCGCCCAUGCGAUCCCACGGUCUGUCCGGGUAUCUACAAUAUACAUAUUCUAAUAUGAUUUCUGUUGUAUCCAUCAUACCGCUGUUUACAAUACCUACUGUCAAUCAAUCUUGUAAGACUUUCGCUUUCAUCGGACCCCUUUUGUUGGAUCCUAUUCAAUCGGUUUCCUAUUCACCGUGCGAUUUCCAAGUCAUUCAUCAUAAUAUCGCUCAAGUGCGCGAAAAACACUCGGUCGAUGUUUACCCCCGCGCCACGCGAGUACUUCAAAUCAAAUUAAUAUAUUCAUAAGUUUUGUGAAUUUUUCUUCGUGUUUCUUCAGUUAAGUCUGAGUUCGACAAGUCGCACGCAUAUCGUAUCGGUUUUUCAGACAAAUAACAUAUUUUGACUCGUCCAUCACGUUACCUUAGUUGAACGUGCCGUAUACACGAGCUUUGAGCACACAAUUCAAACGUAAAACACUAUAAAUUAAUGAAGUAACAUUUUUUAAUGGAAAUGUAACAUCAACUCUCCUCCCCACACAACUGCAAGGCAAAUUUUGAUCUUUUUGUUGCGUUUUUUCGAUAACGCGACCAUUCAUAUGUUUAGUUCAGACGUGUUGAAGCGUAUUAAAUAAACAACAAUAUUUAGUUUCGUUUUAUUUAUCUCUAAGUCAUGGUAUGUUUUAAGUACCUACUUUUAAUAAAUGUGUAAUAGUUAUCAUAUAUUAAUCAAUAUAGUGUUACGUGAUAUUUAUAACCGAAAUUUCCGUUUCUCCAGCCUUGGAUAAAAAUGUUUUUUAUGUAUAUAUAUAAAUAUAUACUCAACAUUAUAACCAAUAAUUACAAUUAUUAUAAUCUC